ACGCAAUAUAUAAGGCUCUCGAGUCGACUAAACAGGCAUAAGUUGACUUCCUUCCGAGAAGUAACAAGCAAUCAACAACCAAUCAACAUGUUCAAGCUGGCUGUCUUCCUCGUCAUCCUGGCUGUUGCCUUUGCCGCUCCCGGAGGCCUUACCGGCGUUGCCAUCAGUGCUGGUACUGGCCCGAUCGUUGCUCCAGCGGUUGCUGCUGCUCCAGCGCUUGCCCUCGCUGCCCACGCUCCCGCUGUCAUUGCUCAGCCUAUUGCUCCCGCUGUUCACACUGCUCCUGUUGUAACCAGGACCGUUCUUGCCGGCCAUGCUGCCGUUCCCGCCCUCGCCCUUCACGGUUAGACUAAGAGAACCAGCGUAAACUCACUUUCACCACCGAGUCUCACGACGACACAGCCCGGAAAACAACAAAAAAAUACAUCUCUUAUUUUCUUGUAAAUUGUCUUCUUAAUGCUUUAAAAGGAAAGCUCUAAGAAAAGUAAAUAAUUGCACGCUCCCGUCAUCGCCAAUUUCGACUCUUCAUUUUCCGCCGUCGCCGUUCACUGCGUGUAAGUUCAGAUCAGACCUAUCAUGAGCGAGCGCGAGGAGAGCGGAUCCAGAAAGAAGAAUGUGCGGGCGGACCAAUUGGAAUAAUCUGCGAAGAAUCGGCCAAUUUCUUUCUGACUGUUCAUUGACAAAAUUAUCAAACUUUUGUCCCAAUCAUCCCAUCAUUUUGACCUUAUUCUUGUUCUUGGAAUUUUAAUAAAAUUUUAAUUACACAUUUUA